AUGUUCUACGCCGUGCUGGGAAUCCCCCUCACCCUGGUGAUGUUUCAGAGUCUCGGUGAGCGAAUGAACACCUUCGUAAAGUACCUCCUGAAACGGAUUAAGAAGUGCUGCGGGAUGCGGAGCACGGACGUGUCCAUGGAGAACAUGGUGACCGUUGGGUUCUUCUCAUGCAUGGGAACCCUAUGUAUCGGAGCUGCUGCCUUCUCCCAUUAUGAAGAAUGGAGCUUCUUCCAGGCCUACUAUUACUGUUUUAUAACUUUAACGACAAUAGGCUUUGGGGACUACGUGGCCCUGCAGAAGAACAGGGCCCUCCAAAAGAAGCCGCUCUAUGUGGCUUUUAGCUUUAUGACAUUCUGGUGGGAUUGA